CAAGAUGGAAAACUCCGAGAAGAAAGAAGUGACGACAGAAACGGAGGAGGACGAGGAGCGCGGGACGUGGGGGAACCAGUGCGAGUUCUUCCUUUCGUGCCUGGGCUACGCCGUCGGCUUCGGCAACGUGUGGAGGUUCCCUUACCUCUGCUACAAGAACGGCGGCGCGGCCUUCCUCAUUCCAUACGUUAUCAUGUUGCUGUGCGCCGGCCUCCCUCUGUUCUUCAUGGAGCUCGCCCUCGGACAGUACGUCAGUCUGGGACCCAAUAUUAUCUUUCCGAAACUGGCGCCCAUCUUUUAUGGCCUCGGGUGGGGCAUGGUGGUCGUGUCCGUGUUGGUGUCCAUCUACUACAACAUCAUCCUGGCUUGGGCGCUGUUCUACACCUUCGCCUCCUUCACCAGCACCUUGCCCUGGGCCAGCUGCGGCAACGCCUUCAACUCUCCUGCUUCUGGCGCUGGCGUGGUAUCGGGGCGCGUGCUGGCCAAGGGCGUGAAGAGCUCCGGGAAGGUCGUCUACUUCACCGCCCUCUUCCCCUACGUCGUGCUCGUCAUCCUCCUGGUCAGAGGCCUGACCCUCGAGGGCGCAAAUCUGGGCAUCGAGUUCUACUUCCUGCAGCCGAACGUGUCUCGCCUGGCUGAGGUGGAGGUGUGGAGCGACGCCGCCACGCAAAUCUUCUACUCGCUCGGGUCGUCCUUCGGAGGCCUCAUCACCCUCGCCUCCUACAACAAGUUCAGGAAUAACUGCAUGAGAGACGCCAUCGUGAUCGCCGUUGCCAACUGCGCCACCUCCGUAUUCGCCGGCUUCGUCAUCUUCAGCAUCCUGGGUUUCCUGGCGACGGAGCUCGGCGUGCAAGUGAAGGACGUGGCCUCCUCCGGCUCCGCCCUCGCCUUCAUCGCCUACCCGGCUGCCGUGGCGCGCAUGCCGGUAUCGCCGCUGUGGUCCAUCCUGUUCUUCGUCAUGUUGGUCACGCUCGGACUCGACUCCCAGUUCACGAUGGUUGAGACGGUGACCACGGCUCUAUUCGACCAGUUCGAGUCCCUCCGAAGCAAGAAGCCCUUGGUCGUCGGAGGAACCUGCUUCCUGCUGUUCCUAAUGGGCCUCACGAUGUGUCUCGAAGGAGGCGUGUACAUGUUCGAACUCUUUUUCUUCUUCUCCUCCGGCAUCUCGGUCAUCAUGCUGGCCUUCUUCGAGGUCGUGGCCAUUCAGUAUGUGUAUGGUGUCAAGAACUUCAUGAGGAACAUCCACGAGGGAAUGGGCAUCCACAUCCCUCUCCCGCUCUACGCUUACUGGAUGAGCACCUGGUUUAUCAUCACUCCGCUUUCGCUCCUGAUUAUCUGCGUGUUCUCGCUCGUGUUCUUUGUGCCAGCGUACUGGGGAGAGUACGUGUUCCCUGGCGGCAUCCAAGCCCUGGGGUGGCUCAUGUGCUUCAGCUCCGUCAUCUUCGUGCCCUUGGGAGCGAUCUACGCCUUCCUGACGAAGGACAAGCGAGACCUUGGUUUGUUUGAGACCUCAGAGGACUUCUGCCCAGCCCACGUGAGAAAAAGCAGGGCUGCCAGCAAGUCGACUGGUCCUCCUCAGGCGAAGGAGCUCGGUGACAGCGGCGGCGUUCUUCCAGUUUACCAAAACAAAGCUUUUGCAGAUGGGGACGAAGAUGCGGCUGAGAAAUACUAAGUUUGGGGAUGCAGAAGCUGUUUACGCAAUGAAAACAAUAAUAAUCUUCAAAAGAAAAUGGCCGAUAUGCUACGAAAUAUAUGGGAUGUAACGAAGAAAGCGAAUAAAAAAGACACUGAGAA